AACCCUAAAAGAAUAAAUCAGAUGCGUUUUCCAGAGGCUGCCGGGUGUUUGUGCCCAUCCGCUGUCACGGCUGCACUCCCAACGGCAUUACGUGGUAACCCAGCUCGGCGCUGCGCUCGCAGCCGCAGGAAGGGGAUAUUCCUUCCCGUGUUCCAGUGUGGGAUUCUUCUCCCGCUGGAUACCGGGGGCGUGGUUUGGAGGGACGGCGUCUCGAACCCGCGGCUCGGGGGUCGGUCCUCCAACCAUAGAGCGGUGCGGGUCGAGCGGCGGCGCGCGCGCCGCCAAGCCAUCGAGAGGGAAGCGGGAGAGAGCGGCUCCGCCCUCGCGGUCCGCGCCCUCGCCCUAGCGCCCCCGUGCGGGCGAGCGCGGCGGCGGCGGUUCCCAUGGAGAUGGAAGAUGGCGCCCAGGGGUGGGAGCGGGAGCUGGGGGGAAACGGGGGAUGCCGGAGGGUGCGCGGGCUACCGGGAGAAACCGGGCUGGGAGCGGCGCUGGGACCGGGGCUGGGGGGCGGCCAAAGCGCUGCAGGGCUCCGGGGGCCGCGCAGCCAUGCCCGCCCCGUGCCCCCCCUCACGGCCGCAUCGUGUUCCCUCAGGCCGCCAUCGCUCCUCGGCUCCGCUGCAGGUCCUGCUCUUCCUCAACGGCUGGUACUGCGCCACAUAUUUUCUCCUGGAAGCGUUCGUGUUUGUGUACAAAGGGCUGCUCCUGCCCUAUCCCGUUUCCAACUUGGUGCUGGACGUGGUGCUGCUCCUCCUCUACCUCGGCAUUGAGGCCACACGCAUCUUCUUCGGCUCCAAGGGGAACCUGUGCCAGCGGAAGGUGCCGCUGUCCCUCAGCCUGGCACUUACAGUGCCAGCAGCUGUGCUGGCCGUGUACUACCUGCUGAUCCAGACAUAUUCCCUGCGCCUGGAAGCCUUCCUGAGCGCCAUCCUGCUCCUCUUCUACGGCCUGGAGCUGUUCCUGGGCUUGCUGGCACUGCUCUCCUUCUCCAGUGCGGAUCCCUACUGAGGACACGGCACAGGGACACAGGGAAGCAUCACCCAUGAGAGCUCCACUUCCCAGCCCCGGGAAGGGGGAGGAUCCCACCUUUCCCACUGCCCAUUUCACCUGCUGUCACCUGAACACAUCCAUCCCACCUUUGUUGCUUCUAUGUGGACACAUCCCUCCCAUUUUUCCUGCUUCCCACUUUACCACAGACAUGCUGCUACACAGAUUCAUCCCUCCCUUUUCCCACGUCCCACUCCACUCACUCCCCACCUGGACAGAUCCCUCCCGCCUUUCCCACUCUCCACUCCACUUGGACUCCUCAGAGCUUGAGCCAGCUCAAGGUAUGAAGAAUCCUUUUUUUUCCCUACAGCCUUCCAGAAUAAUUCACUAUUUUCCAAUAAAUAUUUAUUUUUACCUGGUGCCCAGGAAUGUGGGUCCACCUGGGAAUGCUCAGGUGCUUCCAGCACCUCAGAGCUGAUUUGGGAAGCAAAGGAGCCCAUUGGAGGAGGAAGAGGGUGAGGGACAAUGGGUGCAGAGACCUCCCUAAAUCCCUCCCAUUCCCUCAUUAUCCCAAAUCUCACUAUAGGAAGGCAACAGGAGCACUGUAUAAAAGACUGACAAUGUCAUCCGAGUUUAUUACACAAUUCCAACCUAUCCAAAGACAAAUCUAAUCACUGCGAGCAGGAGGGGCGGCGCCUCGCCGGGGCUUCCAGGGAUUUGCUCUGCAAUUUGGGGGGAAUCUUUUCCCCCCUCCACUAUUUGGAAAGAAACUAAAAAUCUGUGUCGGUAAGUAAA